GCCCUGUCCUCCCGAAUUCCCUGCAAAAUGGCAACUCUCCGGCGUCUUCAACAAACCCUCUCCCAUUUCCAACCCUCCAGACAGGCCCGGCCAUUGUCCAUUGUUUAUGGCCCGACCGAGCCCAAGCUCCUAGAUAUCACACUGGGUGAGCUGCUGACUCUACAGAGCCUUCAAUAUGGUGAUUACGAGUGCCUGGUCUUCCCCUGGACCGGAGCCCGCUGGACCUAUGCCACCUUGAACGAGGAAACCGACCGGCUGGCACGUGGUCUUUUGGCCAUGGGAAUCCAAAAAGGCGAUCGCAUUGGUGUCAUGGCUGGUAAUUGCGAACAAUACAUUUCCGUUUUCUUCGCUGCUGCUCGGGUCGGAGCCAUCCUCGUGGUGCUGAACAACACCUACACGCCAUCGGAGCUCUACUACGCGCUGGAUCAUACUGACUGCCGCGUUUUAUUUAUGACGCCCCGGAUUGGUCGUCACACGCUGGAGGAGGUUCUGGACAAGCUGGGCCCACAGCCCAAGCAGAACGGCAGAUCCGCUGCGCUGGAGGAGAUCAUCAUCCUGCGGGGAGAGUACCAGAACUUUGGCACCUACGCGGGGGUUAUCCAGCGGGGAGAGAAAAUCCCUAACUCUGCUUUGCCGGAUCGCGAGGCCGAGCUGCGACCAGAUGAUGUGUGCAAUCUUCAAUUCACCAGCGGCUCGACUGGUAAUCCCAAAGCCGCCAUGCUAACUCAUCACAACCUGGUCAACAACUCACGGUUCAUCGGCGACCGCAUGGACCUCACCUCCUUUGACAUCCUCUGCUGCCCGCCGCCUCUAUUCCACUGCUUCGGACUGGUCCUGGGCAUGCUCGCAGUGGUCACCCACGGUUCGAAGAUUGUCUUUCCCAGCGAGACCUUUGACCCCAAGGCAGUUCUCCACGCCAUCUCUGACGAAAAGUGCACGGCGCUGCACGGUGUGCCUACGAUGUUUGAAGCGAUCCUGAGUCUCCCCAAGCCGGCCAACUUUGAUACCAGCAACCUCCGCACGGGCAUCAUUGCCGGAGCUCCUGUGCCCCGUCCGCUGAUGAAGCGUCUCUUUGAAGAACUUAACAUGACCCAAUACACCAGUAGCUACGGCCUCACCGAAGCCUCCCCCACCUGCUUCAACGCCGUCACUUCCGACACGAUAGAAACGCGCCUCACCACAGUAGGCAAAGUGAUGCCUCACGCACGCGCCAAGAUCGUUGACGCCCAGGGCAACACCGUUCCCUUGGGCGAGCGCGGCGAGCUGUGCAUCGCAGGUUACCAACUAACCAAGGGAUACUGGAACAACCCAGAGAAGACAGCAGAGACGAUGACCACAGAUUCAGAUGGCACGACAUGGCUGAAGACGGGUGACGAGGCAAUGUUCACACCAGAGGGACGGUGUUCAAUCACAGGCCGAUUCAAGGACAUAAUCAUUCGAGGCGGCGAAAACAUCUACCCAUUAGAAAUCGAAGAACGACUCGCCUCCCACCCCGCCAUCGAAGUCGCAUCCGUGAUCGGCAUCCCAGACCCAAAAUACGGCGAGGUAGUGGGCGCAUUCAUCUCCGUGGCGGCUGGAUACGAAAAGGCCCCGACUGUGGAGGAACUGCGGGACUGGACGCGCGAGACACUAGGCCGACACAAGGCGCCUCAAUACGUGUUUGUGUUUGGGGAGGAGGGCGUGGAUCGCACAGUGCCGGUGACGGGGAGUGGGAAAGUGAGGAAGGUGGAUUUACGGAAAUUGGCGGCGGGGGUAUUGGAGAGGAGAGCUGGUGCCACACAACCACAGGAACAGGUACAGGCGCAGCAGUGA